AUGUUGCUCCCUGCCUCCCUCUAUAUAAGCAGGGUGCAUUCUGAAGCGCCAACUCACUGCAUCUCUGAUAUCUCAGCUCCUGCAGCAUUGCCUGGCAAAGUGGCAAGCAAGGAACCGCAAGCCAUGGCGUCUGUUCCGAAGCUUCUCCUCCUGAGCCUCCUCUUUUUUCUCAGCUGUCGCUCUCACAUUGCUCACGCAGGUGAUGAUGGUAGCUACAAGGUUCUGUCCAUUGGCUUUCAGUCUCUGAGGACUGCGUCCGUCUGUUCCGAGUCCACAGCGGUUCGGUCGUCGUCCGGUGCCGCCACGGUGCCGUUGCAUCACCGUCACGGCCCAUGCUCGCCGUUGCCGUCCAAGAAGAUGCCAACUUUGGAGGAGAGGCUCCACCGCGAUCAGCUCCGAGCUGCCUACAUCCAGCGGAAGUUCUCCAGCGGCGUCAAGGGCGGCCGCGGCAGCGCUGGUGACGUCCAGCAAUCGGACGCCACCGUGCCGACGACCCUGGGCACCUCCCUGAACACGCUGGAGUACUUGAUCACCGUACGCCUCGGCUCGCCGGGCAAGUCCCAGACCAUGCUCAUCGACACCGGCAGCGACGUGUCAUGGGUGCAGUGCAAGCCAUGCUCGCAGUGCCACUCCCAGGUGGACCCACUCUUCGACCCCAGCUCGUCGAGCACGUACUCCCCGUUCUCCUGCAGUUCCGCCGCCUGCGCGCAGCUCGGCCAGGAAGGCAACGGCUGCUCCAGCUCCCAGUGCCAGUACAUUGUCACGUACGGCGACGGCUCGAGCACGACCGGGACCUACAGCUCCGACACGCUCGCGCUGGGCUCCAACACCGUCAGGAAGUUCCAGUUCGGGUGCAGCAACGUGGCGUCGGGCUUCAACGACCAGACCGACGGGCUCAUGGGGCUCGGCGGCGGCGUGCAGUCGCUGGUGUCACAGACGGCGGGGACGUUCGGCUCGGCCUUCUCGUACUGCCUCCCGCCGACGCCGAGCUCCUCCGGGUUCCUCACGCUCGGCGCCGGAACUUCGGGCUUCGUCAAGACGCCGAUGCUCAGGAGCAGCCAGGUCCCCACGUUCUACGGCGUGCGCAUUCAGGCCAUCAGGGUGGGCGGGAGGCAGCUCAGCAUCCCCACCUCGGUCUUCUCCGCCGGGACGGUCAUGGACUCCGGCACGGUCCUCACGCGGCUGCCGCCGACGGCGUACUCGGCGCUGUCGUCGGCGUUCAAGGCCGGGAUGAAGCGGUACCCGCCGGCACCGCCCAGCGGCAUCCUCGACACUUGCUUUGACUUCAGCGGCCAGUCCAGCGUCAGCAUACCGACCGUCGCGCUAGUGUUCUCCGGGGGAGCCGUUGUCAACCUCGACGCCAACGGGAUCAUGCUGCAGACCAGCAGCAGCAUCCUCUGCCUCGCCUUCGCGGCCAACAGUGACGACAGCUCCCUCGGCAUCAUCGGCAACGUGCAGCAGCGGACGUUCGAGGUGCUGUACGACGUCGGCGGUGGUGCUGUGGGGUUCAAGGCUGGGGCGUGCUGA